GCCUCCCGCAAAACUCGCAGCCAUUUGAAUCUUCUCGCUCACGCAAAGCGUGCCCUUAUUUAUGUACACUGCACAGUUCCAAACCCUAACAGGCCCGCCUUGUCCUCCCUCUUGGAACUGGAGAUCGAGCGCCAUGUCCACGGCAGAUUCGCCGCCUCCUCCUCCUCCGCCGGCGCCCCCCAAACCCAAUCGAAAGCCUACUGAGGUGCGAUCCGUCUGGUCCGACAACCUCGAGGCGGAGUUCGGGCUUAUCAGCUUGGUCAUCGACAAGUAUCCUUUCGUUUCCAUGGACACCGAGUUUCCUGGCGUGGUCAUCCGUCCCGACGCCGGAGUGCCCUACUUGCAGCACCGCAACCCCGUCGCGCAUUACCUGAUUCUGAAGGCGAAUGUCGAUCUCUUGUGUUUGAUUCAGGUCGGUCUCACUCUGUCUGACGCGGAGGGGAACCUCCCCGAUUUCGGUACCGACAAGACCUAUAUUUGGGAAUUCAACUUCCGAGACUUCGAUUUGGCCAACGACCCCCAUGCCCCGGACUCGAUCGAGUUGCUGAAGCGGCAGGGCGUUGAUUUCGAGAAGAAUCGGGGGUUUGGGGUCGACUCUGUGAGGUUCGCCGAGUUGAUGAUGUCGUCGGGCCUAGUGUGCAACGAUUUGGUGAGUUGGGUGGCGUUUCACAGCGGGUACGAUUUCGGGUACCUGAUUAAGAUCUUGACUCGGAGGGCCUUGCCGGACGAGUUGGCCGAGUUUCUUACUCUGCUCAGGGUGUUCUUCGGGGGUAGGGUUUAUGAUGUGAAGCACCUUAUGAGGUUUUGUGAGAGUCUCUAUGGCGGGUUGGACCGCGUUGCCAAGACGCUUGAGGUGGAGCGUGCAGUUGGGAAGUGCCAUCAAGCUGGUUCUGAUAGCUUGCUCACUUGGCAUACGUUUCAGAAGAUAAGGGAGGCUUACUUCUGUAAGCAGGAUCCUGAAAACUAUGCUGGUGUGCUGUAUGGCUUGGGGGUUUUCUGAAUUUCCGUAGCAUCUAGAAUUACCUUAUGCACCAAGGAGAAUUGAUGGACAUCAAGAAGGAAAAUGCUCAGAGUAUUAUAGAAGGAGAAGGAAGAAAGGAGUCCAAUAAUUUGAGGAUUAAAAUUCAUUUACUAUCUUUAGGUUUAGAACCAUCUUAGCGGGAUUAAGGCUUGAAAUUGUUGGCACCUUGUAUUUCUAGUCAUUUUUAAUAUUUGGUUCUCUUAGAGUUCUGUCGUUUUUCUUUCCCUGUGUUUUUUCCUUCCUAGUUGUUCUCUCUCUCUCUCUCUCUCUCAUCAUAAGAGAAUUGUUGAAAUAAACUUAUAUUGUGAUUGGUUGACAAUUUAUAGAGAUUAUUUGUAACUUGCCUUUACCUUCCCCAUAAGGUUUUUUCUCCUACUUAGCUCCUUCUUGCUCGCUUUUUUGUAUUUCCCAUUCUUCUUUUUGUGCUAAGAUCAUCUCAUGUCAUUGACUCAUUGGUUUAUGAUAUGUAUUAGUAACUUGCACAUUCAGCAUGCUGUGGGAAUCAAAAUUUAGCUUGUUAGACCAUGCUAAUAGAAGACAUUUAUUAUGUUUUGCUUGCUAGAACUUGUGUGCUGUAUUUGUUAUACACGUGGAAGGGGGGUGUAGGUUUGUGUUUUAUGAUGAUGAUGUAGACUAGAUGGAAGUUAUGCAUGUGCAAUUCCUAGUAGAUAAGAGGAUGAAAAAAAAUCUUCCCGAGUUUUACAAGCAGUUUGCUUGAUGCCUGAAGUGUCGUUUAUGUUACUUCCCUGCUGUUAAGGGUGUUGAUGCAUAUUGAACUUGUAUUAGCCAUUGUGAUUUUCUAGCCAACAUCAUGAGGAACCAAACCAAGAUUCUCUUUUGUGACAACCCCACAAAUUAUACUAGCCAACAGGAUCAAUGAAAGUUGUAGCGAUGGCACCUAAUAGGUAAUUCCCUGACAUGACAAAUCCUAGAAAUGGAGAAUCAGAGGCUAAUAGUGGGUUUGAAAUGUCCAUUCCUUUACUCAAU